CAAAGCAAGGCGCAGACUAGAGCCCAGGAUAGAAUUGCUGCGGUUCACAGUGCAGCCAGGAGAUCGAAACGCAAUGCUCCGGUCCCCGAUGAUGACCGCGAUGUAUAUCGUAGCCUGAUAUCUGAGGCGUCUGUCCCGGAAGUGACUGAAAGACCUCUCAAAAGACCCAGAGUUGCAAGACAGCGACAGACUCAGCCGUCGACCACCAACACUUCCGCGACAUCGCAUCAGCAACCCGAAGAUGAGGGACAGGCGUCACAUGACCACAGUCUUGAAGAGCAAGCACCAUCCAGACCGCAGCAAACCAUAAUCGAUUCUGAUGAGUCUGAAGACGAUGACAUGGACUGGGAGCAAGUCGGUCUGGACCACGUUGAGCCUAAACAGUCUACUUCUCAAAAAGAAGACGAGUUUGGAGAUAUAUCGCUGGAAAUAAGCACCAAACAAGCCCAGAGAAAAGCGAUAGCAAAACGGAAGCCUGCCACUACUGCAGAAAAACUAUUAAGGCUUGAAGCUCAUGAAGCUCAUCUAUUGUUUCUCCUCUUCCACGUUCAUAUUCGCAAUGCUUGGUGCAACUUGCCAGAAGUNAAAGGUUUGACCAUCUUUCUUAUGCUUGCUUCUAUUUACAAGAAAGCUGAUUAUCAUCAGAACAAGCUGAAAGUCAUCCUCAUGCCGGAGAUUGUAUCACUUCUACAUCCAGAUCAGUCUCUCAUUCAAUUCGGACAGUCAGAGCAGUUCUUAACUGGACUACAGAAAGCUGUUUUUGUUUGGAGACAUAAGUUCAAUGUAACAGCUUCUGGUCUACGUCGACCGAAUUGGGCAGAGGGGCCAGAAGGAAUCAAAGAGAUGCCUCCCGUCGAGAAGCGAGACUUCGUCAAGGCAGCUAUGACCCUUUCUGGCUCUCAAGAUGUGGGUGCGCAGCUCUUCUGCGCCCUUCUGAGAUGCGUUGGCGUGGAGGCUCGACUGGUCUGCUCACUGCAACCUCUUCCUUUCGGUACAGCUGCGACUAAAUCAGCCACGCCACUCAAAGGCAAACCAACUGUUUAUGCGGGAAGCGACAAAGACAACACAAGUGGUGGAGAAACAUCUGGAGGUUCUGCAUCUGAAGGUUCAAGCACCUCUCGGCGCAGAAUUAUUGCUCCUGGUCGCAUUCGACGACUCGGAAAUGCAACUCUGAAUGCAGGCUCCUCCACACCUGGUCCUAAACCGCCAGUUCGCACACUCGAGUAUCCAGUAUAUUGGGUAGAAGCAUUCAACGAAGCUUAUCAGAAAUGGGUACCGGUGGACCCCGUAGUGACUGGCACAGUCGCGAAGCCAGGCAAAUUAGAGCCGCCCGCUUCUUACGAGGCAAACGCCAUGACAUAUGUGGUAGCUUUCGAGGACAACGGCAUCGCAAGGGAUGUGACCCGUCGCUAUACCAAGGCUUACAACGCGAAGACUCGCAAGCUAAGAGUUGAGGUAACAGAAAGAGGAGAGGAGUGGUGGCGCAAAGCGCUCAAAGUGUUCCGGAGACCGACCUAUCUCGACCGCGAUCAACUUGAGGAUGCCGAAUUUGCCAAGAAAGAUGCCUCUGAGGGGUUGCCAAAUAACGUGCAAGAUUUCAAAGACCAUCCUUAUUAUGCUCUGGAACGACAUCUCAAGAGGCACGAAGUUAUCUGGCCGAAGAGAGCAAGCGGGAAAGUCGCGGUAGGUAAAGGAGCCUUGGAACCUGUCUAUCGACGUAGCGAUGUGCACAUUGUACGCAGCGCCGACAAAUGGUACAGAUUCGGCCGUGAGAUUAAGCCAAACGAACACCCACUCAAACAUGUCCCUGCAAGAGUGUCCAAAAGUCGAGCUCAAGACCUGGAUGAUGCUGACACGGACGAAUCGCCAGCCACAGCCCUCUAUGCUUUCAACCAAACGUCGUUAUACGUGCCACCACCUGUUGUAAAUGGCAGGAUACCGAAGAACGCUUUUGGCAAUCUCGACAUAUAUGUUCCGUCUAUGGUACCUCCUGGAGGAUGUCACAUCCGGAAUGCAUCGGCCAAGAAUGCAGCUCGUCUUCUUGGUAUCGACUAUGCCGAUGCUGUGACCGGCUUCCAGUUUAAAGGACGUCACGGUACAGCUGUCACAUCUGGCGUUGUUGUCGCAAAAGAGUACCGUGAGGCUGUUGAAGCGGUUAUAGAGGGCUUCCAGUACGAGCAGGAAAACGAGGAAGCUCGGUUGUACAGUUUGGAGUGCCUGAAGCUCUGGCGUCGCUUCCUAGCCGGUCUGCGGAUCAAGGAACGAUUGAGCGAAUACACUACUACUGGCCCAAAGACUGCCAAAACGGAGGUUGUCAAAGCGAAGAUGGAUGAGGCGGAGGAGGUUGAGGAUGAUUCAAUGGAGGCUGGUGGCUUCUUUCCAGAUGCAGGCGAGAUCACAGUGCCGACUGCUCGUCGAUUCAAUGGUGCUCCUGAAUCUGACCAUGAGUACGAUAUUGCUGAGCAAGCACCUCGGCUCAGGAGACAAAGAAAGACAAUGGUUGAGAGUGAUCUUGAGAGCGAAGAUCAGAGCGAAGAAGAGUAUAAACCAUCACCUCGAAAGCCGCCUGUCAGACGUCGUCGCAUGUUGACUGAGAGUCCGCCAGCUUCUGAAAACGAGCACUACGACCCAGGCAUUCAGGAAGGAGGUGGGUUCGUGCCGGACGACCCUGAAGAAAGUGAGAAACUUGACGGUGGCUUUCUAUCAGAUGCGGAUGCGAAUGAGCUUGGAGGCGGGUUUAUGCCGGAGAGCAAUGAUGACACUCUCCCUGACGCUGCUGACACUGCGCCUACUAACGAGACUUCUGGUGGUUUCAUUCCAGCAGAUGAUGCGCUCGAGUCUGGGGGUGGCUUCGUCCCUGAAGUCAACGAAGAGUUCACUGGUGGUGGAUUUUUGCUAGACAACAAUGGUUCUGAGGCUCAGCUGAACGCUCAGCCGCCAUCUAAUGAGGUGCAGAUGGAUGCAGAAGAGCAAGGCGGAGAUUCUGUGCUCGAGAAGCAGGAAGAAGAUACUUUUGAUCCUGAUGAGGCGGAAGAUACCUUUGAUCCUGAUGAGAUGGAUACAGAAGCUACGGCAUUGCCCCGAGAGGACUCGACAGGCGCUCACCGACAAGGAGAGGAAGAAGAUGACCACGGAUCAUUGUUGUCUCACGAUCCUGAGGAUGACGACGCAGAGCCAGACUGGCUGCAUAGCGAC